AUGACAACUACACUGCAGUGUUCAGAGCUGACACCACCAGCAAAAGGAUCCAUGAUGACUGACUCCUACAGAGGCGAGGUUUACUUCGGGUGUGACCCAGGAUACAAGCUGGUCGGUGAUUCUCCACUUACCUGCCAGUCUGACGGGACGUGGAGUGGAAGGUCUCCGACAUGCAUGAAAGCUGCAGUAUGUCCCAUGAUACGUCCCCCAGCAAAUGUUCGUUACAAUGGCUCCGCCCAGGUUCUGAGUUUCUUUUGUGAAGAAGGAUACACGUUGGUUGGUGCUUCUCUACUCACAUGUCGGUCUGACGGGACCUGGACUGGAAACCCACCAACAUGCAGAGCUAAAUGUCCGUAUGGCUACCAACUACUCGCUCAAACCUGUAUCAAGGUUUCUUUUUACGAAACGAAGUACGCAAAAGCUCUGGCAGCCUGUGAGAAAGACGGGGCGACACUAGCAAUGCCCAAGACAAAGGAAUUGGACGUCGCUCUGAGAAACCUGAUAAGAAAAGUUGGAGGGAGUCAAGACUACUGGAUUGGGCUGGUUAAGUGCGACGGCACCUGGAAAUGGCUAGACGGAUCCCCACUAGAAAAUUACAAGGUACGUUAACACAAGUGACACAAACAAAAAACAACAACAUUGGCUAUUUGACUAAUUUGCAUCAUCCUUCCCUUGACUUGACUAACUUUUGUUUUC